UCCACUCGCCAUAAUCCAGCAAGUUUUCGCCAAAUCGUGUUUAUUUACUAAUAGCCUCGUCAGCAGCCUGUAAGUCCUUCCCAACUUCUGAAUCCACAAUGAGUGAGAAGACCGCACUGAUGAGUACGACAUUCGAGACGGAGGGAUCGAAUAUCGCUCCCUCCGGUGAGUCACCGCAACCGGACCGCGGCGGCGACGACGCCAAGGUUACCGUCGCCAAAAAUCUCGUCUCUCGCGCAGGCGCCUCGCCCUCUAGGCUGAAACGGCCGGGGAAGGAUGGACUGAAGGGGACGGCGGAAUUAUCGGGUAGUUCUAGUAACUUACCGGGCUUGAAGGCUGCGUCUGGCUGGAACGACACCGAAUCGACGGACAAAUCGUCGGCCAUUUUCAACAUUCACGACCGCCCCGUGCGUGACGCGGCAUGGCGAUUCGUCUUCCUCGUGCCGCUCGUGCUCCUCGUCGCCACGGGCCUGCGGCUGCUCUUCUUCCCCACUACAACCACUCUAUUCAACCCUUUCACUCGUACUUCCAACAGUCCCCUCCCCCUCAUUCUCCUCGUCUCCCCGUUCGCCCUCCUCCUCCUCUUCGCCCUCAGCCUCCCGCUCCCCGUGUUCCUCGUCGCUUCUCUCCGCCGGAUGUCCGCGCGCACCCUGAAGGCGCUCGUUGUCGCCGCUGCCGUCAUCUGGGCGCUGCAAUGUGCCAGCUCCGCCGAGCGCUUCCUCUCGGCUCCGCCAGACGCGGCCGAGGAAGUGAGUCCCUUCCAGGAGCUCAUCGGCAAUGACCCUUUUUCUCUAGUAGGAAACGAGUUCGACAACUUGAACUUCAAGCGAUCGAGCGAUUUCUCUGUGGGCACUGACGUCGGUGAGCGCGCGGAGGGGGGAAUGGGUGAGAGCGGCGAGAUGAUGGAGGGAGGGAUGGGCGUGGGGGGCAUGCAAGGGGGCAUGGCGGGGGGCAUGGGAGGCACGGCGGGCGCACAGGAGGGAUGGCUGGAGAUUCCAUCUGAAGCCCAGGAGAACAGCGCUGAUGGCGCAGCACCAGAGGAUGACAGCAGCAGCAGCAGUAGCGCGCCCAUGAGUGGCAUAGGUAGGCGGCUCCUUGAAUCCGCUCUGCCCAGCGCCGCACACCCGGUGGUCGCCGCUACCGCCAGCCACGCCGCCCACUGGGUGCAUGGUGCCGUGCACUCCGCAGUGCGCCGCCGGCUACAAUCCCGCGUGGAUUCACUCGCCGGGGAAAGUGAAGGCGGGCAGUCGUCCGUGCGGGUCGUGCUAGACCCGCACGACCCACAAUUCCCGCAGUUCCCGCAAGUGCAGCAGCAGCUGCUCUCCAUGGCGCCGAUGGCACGCCGUGUGGAACGCCCCAUCGAUUUCCUCGGUUUUGUCUCCUUUGGGCUUCUCAGCGCCCUUGCCGUGCUCCUCCUGCUGCGCUGCAGCCACCACCUGCCGCUCGUCGCCUCUGUCAUCGCGCACACUGCUCAUGCUACCAUAGCCCAGGCCCCUGUCAUCCUCUUUCUGGCGCUGCCCUCUAUGCUCGCAGCUUUGCUCCUGGCCCUCCCUUUGAUAGACGGCAUUCUGUCCGGCAACCAUCUCGUUCUCUCCAUCCUCCUGUUCCUGCCCUUCCUCUUCGUUCUCCAAGUGCUCGCAACACUCGUCACCUACUCUGCUUCAGCAAUCUUUGCCCGUCUGUACGUCCCAAGCGGCGGCAGCAACUACAGCAAGGGCAAUGAGGGACUGCAGAGGGGAGGCGAAGGAGAAAAACCCGCCUGGGUGACAAUCAAGGGCCAGCUAGAGCUCUUCCGCUCAGCUCUUUCCCUCGCCUGCACCUCCUCCCUGGGUACCUGCUGCGCCAUUUUCGUCGCCUCUACCAGCGUCAGCAUCCUCAAGUUUAUCCUCUCCGCCCUCUCUUUCGCUCUCUUUGGCCAAGGCGUGCUGGGCUACCUGCUAGCUGCCCUCAUUCGCUGUGCGGAGGUCGCCUUACAGUUCUUCCUGCACUGCCUCGUCCUCCCCACCAGUGCCAUGAGCGGCCAUGGCUUCACCCGCUCCGUGCGCCUCUCUCUUGACAUUCUGCAGCGCUUUCUGGUGCCGAUUGUGGUGGCCAAUGCGGCUGCGCUUGCCCUGCUGGUCAUGCUGAUGGUACCGGUGUUCCUCAUCAACGCACUGAUUGGAUUAUUCGGGGGGGGGGCAAUUGUGGGACUGUACUAUGAGGACCUUGGUCCAUUUGCAUUCGUGUUCCUGCUUGGCAUACUCCUGAUAACCCUCGGGGUGUCUCUUCUCUCCAUGGCAGCACUCUCAUUUGUCCUCACUACAGGUGUCUCUACUACAGUGCUGUGUUUCGCCUGGGACCAAAAGCUUGAUGCACAAGAGGGCUUGGAUGUGACUGGCCUGGUUGGUGGAUGUUCCCUCAAAGCUUGUAAUGAGGUGUAGGCGACAUUAGAUUUAUGAGUUCUUCCAUUUCAUGUGUUUAGUUAGUCCUGUUACAAAUCCGAAGAGUUGUCCCCUCUACGAGCUGACCUAGCUAGGUUAUAACAAACAUACCUAACCUAA